UGAGACAGAAUGCAUGCCAAUUUCCCCGCGUAGGCCCGGCGCCGUAGGAGGAGAGGCACUACUAGGCAGUGCGGCUGCCAUAGCGCCCUCCGCGUCCUCCCGUAGUCCCGUGGCGGAAAUUGCGAGCAGCGUCUGCCUGUUCUUCCCCGCGUAGGCCUCGACCUCGGGCUCCGGCUUGGCAAAAAAUUGGGAAAAGGAACCCAUUGUCUUCGGUCUUCCCUCCCCGUCUACCAUCCACAGAUCCACCUACCUCGGCUUCGGUCUUCCCUCCCCGCCGCAGGCCCGCGGCACCAGCAGCUCGGCUCCCUUGACCUCUCCCCCUCGCCGCCCCCUCCCCUCCUCCUCCUCCUCCGCCGCCUCGCCACGGUCCGUGGCGCCGCGCGCACGUUCCCGCCCACUGUACAGGUGCAGCAAAGAGGCCAUGAGCGCGCUCAAGCAGACACGCACACGGGGAUCCUAAAUCCGGAACCUGCGAGCAGCAGCGCCGCCUGCAGAACGCGGGGGUUGCACACGUGCUGUUCAAGAGCUCUGCAAUAGUUCACCACAGCACACGGGACGUAGCUGUCGUCGGUGGCGAUGGUGUCGAGCAGCGCCGGCCAACCGGGGCAGCAGAGCCGCCGCCGCCCCCCUCCGACCUUCGAGGCUUCCGCCUCGACGGCUAAUGGUGCGCAAGCCGACACCUUCGCCUCCUACCUCGAGCAGAGGAGCGUUAAUCCGCAGCACAUACCACCUGUCGUCGUGCGUCUCAAGCCGCUGAAGCCCGCGUGGUGCGCGCAUUGCAACCGCAAGCGGCUCGAGGAAGAAGAAGACCUCGGCGCAAUAGUAUCGGCUAUGCCGCCCAAUCGCAACAAUGGUGGGGAGCACAUCGUGUCUUGGUCCCACGCUGACGCGGCGCCCCGCGAGCUUGCCUUAGAAGGGCGCUCUUGCUCGAGGUGCGCGGUGGAGAUCUACGGGAAAGCCCGCCGGCAUCUCCGGGAUGGGUCACCUGCGGCGGGGAGCGGCGGCAAUACGCCGCUGCAUCAGGCCGCCAGAUCCGGGAACCUGAGGAUGCUGUUCCAUCUCGUCACGUUGCUGGGCCUGGACGCCGGCCACGGCAGGGUAGCGGAGGCGCUGAGGAGGACCAACGAGCGCCAGGAGACGGCCUUGCACAUGGCGGUCGGUGUCGGCGACAAGGACAUGGUCAGGCUGCUGCUGUGGGUGGAUCCACGGCUGGGUCAGAUCGCGUGCCGCUGCCACGACACCUCGCUGAUUUACCUGGCCGUCUCGCAAGGAGACCAGAACAUCGCGCAGCAAUUGUAUGAUGCUUCUGGUCCGGAUGCCAACCUGGUGUCCUCCUACUCCGGACCCAGCGGCCAGAAUGCCUUACAUGCUGCAGUUCUGCACGGAGAAGGACCUCAAAUUUCAUCCAUUAGAUGUUGGAGUAUGACUCGUAUGGUACUCGCCUGGAAGAAGGACCUAAGCACAAAAAAGGACCAAAACGGCAGCACCCCUCUUCACUUUGCCGUAUCCGUGGAGCAAAGGACAUACAUUCCCAGAUGGUGCUUUCGCCUUGCCUGGCUGCGAAACGCCCCAGUAUCGUUUCAGAAGAGGAUGGUGAACGUCCCAGCAUGGCCCUUGCUGGAUGCCCAGCCAUCCAUGGCCUACCAGCCGGACAACGAAGGCUUGUUCCCCGUGCACGUCGCUGCGGUCACGAACCAGACGGCCGCCGUCCACGUCCUUCUCACGGAGUGCCCUGGCUGCGUGGGCGUGCGCGACGGCCGGGGGCGGACGUUCCUCCACGCCGCCGUCCAGCACGAGGGGUCGAGCGUGGUGAGGUACGCUUGCCGGAGGCCGGAGUGUGCAUCUAUCAUGAACGUCCAGGACGAGGACGGCAACACGGCGCUGCACCUCGCCGUGGCUGCCGAGAAGCUGCGGAUGCUCUGCAACCUGCUGACCAACCGGGGGGUGUGCUUGAAUUUAAGGAACAACAAGGGCCAGACGGCGUUGGAUUUGGCCAUGGCCAACAUCCGUAAAGGAUUCUUCUAUGGACGGAACCGGGACAAACUGAUUUACAGCACGCUCGCGCGUGUGGGUGCCAAGCAUUCUAGUCGCCGGGGUGACAAGUUGAGUGGCAAGCAAGAUUCAGGUGCUGAGGCAGCGGAACAAGCCGGUGCCGGUGAGCUGCACAGAGAGGAGUCCGCCAAGCUGACGGACGCGAGCCGGACCCUCGCCGUCGGCUCGGUGCUCAUCGCGACGAUGACCUUUGGCGCCACGUUCACCCGCCUGCCAGGGGACUGGAGGCCGGGCGACCCCGGCGGCGGCGGCGCGCCGGCGAUCGCCGGGCGGUGGUGGUUCUUCGACGCGUUCGUGGUGGCCAGCGCGCUGGCCUUCAUCCUGUCCUCGUCGGCCACCGUCGGCCUCAUGUACUCCGGCAUCGCGAUGGUGGAGUUGCCCAUCCGCCGGAAGCACUUCCUGUUCUCGCUAUUCCUCGUCUCCAGCUCCGUCACUUGCCUCACGAUCGCGUUCGCGCUGGGCGUAUACAUGGUGCUGGCCCCCGUCGCCCGCGGCACGGCCAUCGCUAUCUGCGUCGUCAGCCCUCUGCUGCUCAUCUACAGGAACGCGGAGAGCCUGCAGAAGCUGUUCGCGGUGUCGGGGCCUCUGUACGCGAGGAUGGGGUUCUGGGUGUGUCUGCGGUGGUCAGGAGGGGCCAUCCUGCUGCGGCUGCUGAAGAAGUUUUGGCCCUUCGUUGUGAUCUUCGGCUUGGCAGGUCAUUUGAGGAGCCACCACCACCACCAGCAGCAGCCGCGCGGCUGACUCGAAGAGAGACCGGGCGGUCGGUGAUAUAUAUUCUAGUGGUUUAUCUAUGGGGAAAAACAGUGGUGGUGAUGGUGGUCGUAGCCAUGUAAAUUUAUUUUCUUCACACUGUAAUUCAGUUAUUAUUAACAUUGUAAAAUGCAUAAGAAGGCAUACACCUAGCUUAUGCAAAUACACAGGACAUAAUACGAUUUUUAUGCAUAAAAAUGCAUAACACGGCCA